AUGAAAGCAUUUCUAUUACUAAUUUUGGCGACAGUGGCUCAUGCGCUUAUCAAUGAUAUCCAAGAGGACUGCAUUGUUACAAAUCCUAUCGGUAACACUAUCGUUACAGCCGGAGAAAAAAUGAAAAUAAUGUGGUCAAAUUCACAUGUAGAAGCAUUUCCCAGUGUCUAUUUAAUCCAGUCAGACGGUGCAAAUCAAAAGCCAAUCAUACUUGCAUCAGAUGUAGUAACUGAACCGGGAAAAAUGGUUGUUGAGCUACCUAGAAAUCUUAUCCCUUCUAACGCAUAUUAUAUGACGCUUGGAGCAGCUCCUUAUCAUUGCAAUUCUGGAAAUUUGCGCAUUGUUGGUGCUAAUGCCGUCAUGCCCGAGUCAAAGACACCAGGUGGACUUGACAAUCAAAUAUCUUCCGGUAGAUUUCCUAAAAGUGCUAGUAAUGCUUAUUCACUGGCCAUUCUGAAGGCUACCAUUUUAGUCACUAUAAUCUCAAGUUUUGUGUUUGUGCUUGCGUAAAAAUAUCAAUAAUUACUUUUUAAUCAUUACUUAAUAAAUUACUACUACAC